AUAAAACGCUUGAUUUUUACACAUGUAGGUUGGUUGCUCAAGAGUUAUUUUUAUCAUAUGUUUUAAAAGUUGUAAUUAAUUGAAAGAAACAGAUGAGCACCGUUGCAGUGCUUGGAGGGGGCAUUGCCGGACUGUCUUCUGCCUACUUUCUCUCAAAACUGCCACUGACAAAUAUCUCCAAGAUUGUUGUCAUUGAGGGGAGCAAUCGCCUGGGAGGAUGGAUUCAGUCAGAAAGGCUGCAGGAUGGCACGGUUUUGGAGGGAGGACCGCGGAGCUUCCGCUUUGGGGGGAAAGUGGAGGCCAAAACUCUAGAACUUAUAGAAAUGCUGGGUCUUCAAAAUGAUGUACAUUCAGUACCAAGAGAGAAAAUGGUACGAAGACUCUAUUAUGGAGGAAAAUUGAAGGUUUUCCCUACAGAUUUUGAUAAGUGGACUCUUGCAACCACUACCUUUAAAGGCGUGAUGAAAGAUCGAUGGAUGUUAACAAGAAAGGAAGAUGAGUCGGUGAAAUCCUUCAUUGAGAAACGCUUUGGAAGCAGUCCUGAGAUUAUGGCAUUUGUAGAAUCCAUGUUUCGAGGAAUAUAUGCCAGCAGCUAUGACAACAUCAGCCAUAAGUUCUCAAUGUUAGGAAAAUCAGAAAGUAAAUCCUUGAUCCAUCUCACCCAGAAAAUGGCUGAGGCUAAGAAAGAGCUGUUGAACUCGGAUUCCGAGUUGGUGCGGCAAGCCGCUAAGGAGAAUUGGGAAAUCUACGGGUUGAGGAAGGGGACAGGGCAAAUAGUUGAUGGCCUGGUGGAAGCCUUAGAGCAAAACAGCAAAGUGGAGAUAUUGACAAACACACCGAUUGAUUCGAUGGAUUUGAACUCGUCACUUGCUUCUUUACGAAGUAAAGAAAAAGAAAUAAUUCAAGCAGACCAUGUAAUGAGCACAGUGCUCUCAAAAAAUCUGUCCUCCAUUCUCCCUGCCCAGCACCAAGAGUUAGGCGGGUUCUUGAGUAGCAUACCCACGGUCUCGGUGGUGGUGGUUAACUUGGUUUAUGACCAGGACUUGGAGGAAGUUCCACAGGGAUUUGGGCACCUGCUUCCUUCUUCAGAGGACCCCCCAAUACUGGGGGUGGUGUAUGACUCUCGGGUCUUUCCAGAGCAAGGUCCUGUAAACACCACACGCUUGACGGUGAUGUUAGGAGGUGCCUGGAUGAAGGAACUAGUGGAGAGAGUAGGCAGCUUAAACGACGAGUCUGUGCUAAAUCUAACAAAGGAAACCCUACACAAACAAAUGAACAUUACAGCCUCACCUGUCCAUACCAAAGUUCAUUAUCAAAUGGACUGUAUACCCCAGCAUACUGUGGGACACAGUCAGUUGCUGAAGCACAUCUACUCCUACAUCGACGAACACCAGCUUCCACUGAGGCUGGGGGGCUGUUCCUACAGAGAAAUCGGGGUCACUGGCAUUAUAUGUGACUCUCUGAAAGAAGCACUCUCUCUACACCAUCAGAUAGAAAACAAAAGAUGAGGGCAAAAUUCAUGACCGGUGUAGAAAUUAAAAUUCGAGAAGUGUAUUCAUGCUUUAAGUUGCAGACUUGAAGUGACUAUCUGUUGCAGAACAUCAUUUUUGUCAGAUGGUGCAUUCUCUAAUAGUUUGCUGUGAUUGUUGGAUUAAAAUCAUGAAAUUCAUGAUUUUAAUGAAUUCAUUAUUUGAAUUUUAAUUAAUAAAAAGGUAAAA